GCGGCUCGUUGGUGCGCAGGGUUUGGUCUGACGUGUCCCGGGCGGUCCCGGUGUCCGGUGUCCGGCGUCCGGCCCCGGUGUGUGGGGCGGUCAGCGGUCCCGGCCCCGGUGAGUGGGGCCUCUGUGUCUGACCCCCGGUCCGUGGGGCGGUCCCGGCCCCGGUGAGUGGGGCCUCUGUGUCUGACCCCCGGUCCGUGGGGCGGUCCCGGCCCCAGAACAAGAUGCCGAAGAACAGCGGCAAGCAGGCGGCGCCCGGCCCGGGGCUCGGCCUCCGGGAGCGGCUGGACGGACACGAGCUGGACCUGAGCCUCAGCGGCCUGAGCGAGGCCCCGGUGCGAGAGCUGGCAGCCUUGCCUAAGGCCACCAUCCUGGAUCUGUCCUGCAAUUGUCUUGUCACGUUGCCGCCAGAGUUUUGCAACUUGACACACCUCAUCAAACUCGAUCUCAGCAAGAACCAGCUGCAGGAGCUUCCUUCAGACUUUGGCCGUCUCCUUAACCUGCAGCAUCUGGACCUGUAUAACAACAAGCUGAUCAGUUUGCCUGUCAGCUUUGCUCAGCUCAAGAACUUGAAAUGGUUGGAUUUAAAAGGAAACCCGCUGGAUUCUGCGUUGAAGAAGGUGGCAGGGGAUUGCCUGGAUGAGAAGCAGUGCAAGCAAAGUGCAGCCAAUGUACUACGAUACAUGAAAACCAUUCAGUCCGAACAAGAUCGUGAGAAGCAGCGACGACUGCAGGUUGAGAGAGAGAUGGAAAAAAGACGGGAAGCAGAAUUGCGGGCUAAGGAAGCAAGGGAGCGAGAGCUGCGCAAACGUGAGAAAAUGGAGGAGAAGGAGAGGCGCAGGAAGGAGUAUGAUGCACAGAAAUUGCAACGGUUGAAUGAGACAAAGGAGCAAAGUUAUGGUGGUGUGUUGGAAAAACCAGUUUCAUCCACAAGUCUAUCAGCAUCUCAGAAGAAGCACUCAUUCUGCCAGGUGCUUUUAAAGGUUCUGCUCUUCCUGCUGCUAUGCACGGUUGCCACUGUGGUGAUGUGUCGGAGAACAGAGCUCCCACACAAGCAGCUGUGCAGUACCGUGAAUCAUCUAUACGAAGACGCACUUUACGCCCUACAGAGAAAUGAGGCUCUCCAGAGGAUGUUACGCAGCAUACAGUUUCCAUGACUGAGCCAGAUGAAAGAAUCACUGAAAUUCCUAUGGAAUUGAUGAUUAAUUCAUGUGUUCUUCUAUAGCACAUAGACCCUCCAAAGGGUACUCAGUUGCCCUGCAAAAUAAAAUUUCUUUUGCAUUCAA